GGUGGACAUGUGGGUGGCGUGUUUGUGAGGGAUGUUUUGAGUUUUGAAGAAGGUAGUAAGUUCUUGAGGCACGAAACCUUUAAAGGUUUCGAUGAAACCAGGUGUAGCGAUGACACUAUGAGGAUUGUAG